ACCGUUUUGAAACCUCGCCGUGAUACUACUGUUAACGAACGAGUUCCAAGUGAAAUUCUGUGAAAAAUGCUGAGAUCCGGUUUCACUCGGCUUGUCCGGCCCGGCUUUCUCACCUCAGCCCCUGUCCAGAGGUAUUUUUCAAAAAAACCCGACAUAGGAAACAUGGUGAAAAGUAAUAAAGUCGUCGUCUUCAUGAAAGGAGUCCCGGAUGAGCCGAAAUGCGGCUUCAGCAACGUCGUCGUGCAGAUCAUGAAGAUGCACGGGGUCAACUAUGAUGCUCAUGAUGUCCUCGCAGACGACACCAUCAGAAACGCUGUGAAGGAGUACUCUAACUGGCCGACUAUCCCUCAAGUUUUCAUCAAUGGUGAAUUCGUUGGCGGCUGUGAUAUAUUAAUGCAGAUGCACAAAAAUGGCGAUUUAAUAGAGGAACUCCAAAAAGUGGGUAUAAAGUCAGACCUUCUGAAAGCAGAAGAGGAAAAAAAAUAAUUGAUCAUGUCUCAUUUUUUCCACCGAAUUUUGUUUUAAGUUAUUGUAAAUAUAAUUAGUAAUAAGAGUUAAUAAUGUAUAUUUUUAAAAUAUAAAUUGUUUAAUGUUUUACGGUCUUUUAUUUUUUCUUUUAUUUACCUAUUAUCUUAAUUUGUUUUAUCAUUAUGUUUCAUUAUUUAAAUAGUUAAUUCACAUAUAUUUAUUGAUUGUAAACAAGUAUAAGGUUAUAAAAUGUUUCCUUUGAUUCGGAAGAGACAAAACUUAAAAAAAAAUUAA